GCCCCCGGCGGCCACACCCCGCGGCGGGCCGGGGCCUGUGGAGGGGCGGAGGGAGGGGGCCGUCGCGGGGUGUCUCCGAGCCAGUUCUCGCGGUGCUGGCCAGGCUCAGCCUUCUUUCCCCUCCCCGGCGAGCGGUGACUGUGCACGGCGGAGCGGAGCUGGAGCGGGGGGCGCCUGCGCCGCCCCGCCGAGCAAGGAGGAAAGCCGCCGAGCAGCGUGCAACCUCCGGCCCGUCCCUGCCCGUCGUGGCUGCCUUGCCCCAUGCCUCAGCGGCGCUGAGCCUCCCUCUGCCUGAACAUGGCCACCACGGCAACGUGCACCCGCUUCACCGACGAGUACCAGCUCUACGAGGAGCUUGGCAAGGGAGCCUUCUCUGUGGUCCGCAGGUGUGUAAAGAAAAAUUCAUCACAGGAAUACGCUGCAAAAAUCAUCAACACCAAAAAACUGUCAGCCAGAGAUCACCAGAAACUGGAACGCGAAGCUCGAAUCUGCCGUCUUCUGAAGCAUCCAAAUAUUGUGCGGCUCCAUGACAGUAUUUCAGAAGAAGGUUUCCAUUACCUUGUCUUUGAUCUGGUUACUGGUGGGGAGCUCUUUGAGGAUAUUGUUGCCAGAGAAUACUACAGUGAAGCAGAUGCCAGCCACUGUAUUCAUCAGAUACUGGAGAGUGUGAAUCACAUUCACCAGCAUGAUAUCGUGCACAGGGACUUAAAGCCUGAGAAUUUACUACUGGCAAGUAAAUGUAAGGGUGCUGCUGUCAAACUGGCUGACUUCGGACUGGCUAUAGAAGUCCAGGGAGAGCAGCAGGCCUGGUUUGGGUUUGCUGGCACUCCAGGUUACCUCUCCCCUGAAGUCUUAAGAAAAGAUCCUUAUGGAAAACCAGUGGAUAUAUGGGCGUGUGGAGUGAUUCUGUACAUAUUACUAGUGGGGUACCCUCCCUUUUGGGAUGAAGAUCAGCACAAACUGUAUCAGCAGAUCAAAGCCGGAGCCUAUGACUUCCCAUCACCUGAGUGGGACACUGUGACUCCCGAAGCAAAGAAUUUGAUCAACCAGAUGCUGACAAUAAACCCAGCAAAGCGCAUAACAGCUGACCAAGCUCUCAAACAUCCAUGGGUCUGCCAACGAUCUACUGUUGCUUCAAUGAUGCACAGGCAGGAGACUGUGGAAUGCUUGAGAAAGUUCAAUGCUAGAAGGAAGCUAAAGGGUGCAAUUCUCACGACAAUGCUUGUAUCUCGGAAUUUUUCAGCUGCCAAAAGUCUGCUGAACAAGAAAUCAGACGGAGUGAAGAAAAGGAAGUCGAGCUCCAGUGUGCAUUUGAUGCCACAGAGCAACAACAAAACCAGUAUAGUAAGCACUGCAAAAGAAACACCCCCAGUGCAGACGUCCAUGGAGCCUCAAACAACUGUUGUCCAUAAUGCUACAGAUGGCAUAAAGGGUUCCACAGAGAGCUGUAACACCACAACUGAAGAUGAGGAUCUGAAAGCUCCCCCUCUCUCCACCGGGGAUGGCAGCUCAGUGCUUGAAGGACGGAGGCACAGUGAGAGCAAAACACAGACUGAGUCCAUGCAGUCCCAGCUUUCUCUCUGUUUCUCAGCCACUACACAGUCUUGUGAAGAGAAGCUUCUUGCCUGGGACAGCCCAGGGCAGACAUUGGAGUUAGAGCGUGCUCGGUCGGAGCCUUUGCUAACUCCAGUAGUCCCCUUUGUGCUUAACCGUGCACCGUUGCGUAAACAAGAGAUCAUUAAGAUAACAGAGCAGCUGAUAGAAGCCAUCAAUAAUGGAGACUUUGAGGCUUAUACAAAAAUCUGUGAUCCUGGUUUGACCUCAUUUGAACCUGAAGCAUUGGGGAACCUGGUUGAAGGAAUGGAUUUCCAUAAGUUUUACUUUGAGAACUUAUUGUCGAAGAACAGCAAGCCAAUACACACCACCAUCCUGAACCCUCAUGUCCAUGUCAUUGGUGAAGAUGCUGCCUGCAUUGCAUACAUCCGCCUGACUCAGUAUAUCGAUGGCCAAGGCCGGCCCCGCACCACACAGUCUGAAGAGACACGUGUCUGGCACCGCCGAGAUGGCAAGUGGUUGAAUGUCCACUACCACUGCUCUGGAGCUCCUGCAGCACCUCUCCAGUGAGGAUCAAAUACAGCAGCUUGUGGAGAUACUCAGCUGGAGGGUAAUAUCUUCUUAGCGAGCAGCUCUGGAGUGCCUGAGUGACAGCAAUGGUCAUGUCUGUUUUGACAUUAAAAAAAAACCACAAAGUACAAACAGGCAGCAGCCAAAUGCACGAAACCCUGCAUGCAUCUGAUGCUCUGGGUGCUGCCUUUCUGUUGUUUUCCAUGGAUCCAUCGUGUCUGUUUCUGCUGUAAGAAGGUGUUUUUAAAUCUUAAAAAAAAAAAAGACAUGUUGUUUGUAUAAAAUAAUAAAGAACAGGAAUAAUGCUAAGUAAAUGACAGAUUAUCCAACAUGCCCACUCCCCCAGGGCUAAGAAAAUGGCAGCAGCUGGAACAUCUUUCAGAAAUGAAGUGAGGGGGGAAGCAAAAGUGGAGAAAGAGAGAGGGAGAGCAAAAAACGGAAGCAGCUCGAGCAGCAGUGGGGUCUGAACUGUGCCAUAGUGGAAGCUAACAUCACAUUCAGGCUGUGCUGCGACCUCAGUCAGUGAGAGGUAGUGAGGAGACCCCACAGGAGCCAGUGUGAAGACUGGGGUUCAAGAGAGAGGAAUGCUCCUCAUCCUGUUGCUUGGCACACUGAGUUCACCCUGUUUCUUCUUCAAUUUCUGCACAGCAAGAACGCUAUGGAAAGCUGUUUGCUCAGCUGCUGGAUCCCAAACCAGACUUUUUUAGUUUUGUUUUGGUUUUGUUUUGGGGGAUUUGUAAUGAAAAAAAAACUCACACAUUGUGGGAUAUUGAUUUAAUACUAAAGGUCAAAAUAGGGAUUAAAAAAAUUGGUUUAAGUGAAUAUAACUUAUAUGAAAGCUUGCUCUUCAGAGAUACUGGUUUUAGAAACAGCCACUACCUGGCCAAACAUGGAGGUUUGAGGCCAGCUUAUUUAACUUAACAAAAUAAAAAAGCAUUGCAUUAAGAGCAGAGAUUUUGGAGGAAGAGGGUACAUGUAUGGGAUUUUUUUUUUCUUUGUUAGCAGUGUAGUUGGGAUCCACAGUGCUGCAGAACACAUGUUCCUUAUGAAACAGACAAAAACCUUAGUGUUAUGUUCUUCAUGAAAACUUGCACAUACACUCCUAUAUGAGGCAUAAAUAGCGUGUGUUUUUAUACUGAAAUAUAUGCACCAAUAGAAUUAAAGGGGUUACCUGGCCUCCUGUUUGAUGUGUUUGGUCUCCCAGUAGAACAGCAGUGGGAGCCAGCAGUCCCAGCCAGGUGCUUUUCCUCACAAUUAACCAACCCAUCUAAGGUUUGUAAGUGUCAUGUUUACUAGUGUUUAUUUGGAUAAUUUUUCUAUGUUUUACAGCAAUGUUGUAACACAGAAAAUUAUCAGAUCAGAACCUCAAAAACUGUAGCUGAAGGACUCUAGGCCACCUCGCUGUGUUGCCUCUGGGUGUUCAAGGAUACCUCAUGGAGAAGAGGGGAAAGGAAGUGAGCACAUGUGAUCUGAUGUUUGUCCUUUGAGUCAGUUCGUGUUCCUUUAUUUUCUGCAAAAGGAGUCCAUUUCCUUUAUUCACUGAGUGGGAAUUGUGGAAGUGUUUUGUUGACCUUACCGAGGAGGGAACCUAUACCUCCUAGAAGGAAAACAGGGCCUUUCUGUCAAACCUGACAGGAUUUGUCUUGACCAAGGGAAGGCAUGACUUGCAGAUGUUGGGAUGGGCUUUUACCUGAAUUUCUAUCAAACCCUAUAAUUUUUUCUAUCUUUCAAGGGAAUGCAAGUGAUUACAUUGACAGCAUAGUAACUGUGAAGCCAUCGUUUUACAGUCUACAGAAGACAAGGAAGACAAUUUGAAAUUUUAAUUCUUAUAUAACAAUGCAGAAAAUAAAAGCUGUUGCACAAAGAGGAGCUGUCACUUUGCAACAGUUAGCUCUCUGCUCCCUUUGUUAGAGAGGUGCUAUCCCACACUAUGAUUAGAUCAAUUAGACUCACCCUGAUGAAGGAGAAGACCAUCCACACUUCCCAUGUUUGUCUAAGCAAAUACCCUUUUCUUCCUCUCGGCACCAUGCCAGGGACAAGUGUGGAGAUUAAUCCCAUGGAGGGCAAACACUAGAUUUUAUUAUUUUGAAACAUUUUUAAGACAGCACUAAGCCAAUAUGAAGUGGAAAAGUAAAAAGCCUUGGUAUUUUAUUCAGAAUCUUUUUAAAGCCACAAAGAGAAAGCAGACAGGAGAUUGCAAUUAUGCCAUUUAAAAAAGAUAGAUACAAAACAUUAUGCAUGCCUUCUUUAGGUCAGAUCUUCCUUGUCUCUUUACCUGAUGGUUAUUAAUAAUUAAAAAGAAAACCCUCUCUGUUAAGUAUCUGCAUCUUUCAGAGAAAAUUUUAAAAGAAUGGAACUGUUGGGUUUUUUGGUUUUGCACAGUCUUGGAGACAAACUCUCUUUUGGUUGUUUUGUUUUAUUUCUUUUUAAGUUAAUGAGACCCUUAGCUUGGUAUGGCCAUUAUCAAACACAGCUGUAUACCUUUAGCAUCCUUAAUGUUCUCUUAUGGGGCUAAUAUAAGCAUCUAUAUAAUAUAUAUUAUAAAUAUCACAUUUUAAACAGGAAGUGGAAGGCAUUUGAUGCAGAAUUUUUGCAUGAUAUAGAAAUAAAGUUAGCUAGUGUUUGUUUGUUUGGUCUGAAUGUUGGUAGAACCUUCAUAGCUUUGUUACAAUGAAACCUUGAACUGAAGAUAUUUAAUAAAAUAACAUUUAAACAGUGCAAA